AUGAUUCCAUGCAUUGAAAAAUAUUCUCGUCCGUGGAAUCUUGUCAUCGAUAGCCCUGUCUCCGUAGUUCAAUGCAUCAGGGAACGAUGGGGACCAUCUCUUGAAGAUGUCAUUAUUUGCCUAUUCGAGCGCGGAAUCAAAUUCAAAGUCCUUCUCCACGUCUGGCAUUCUCCUGUUUCUCGUCCAAGAACUGUCUUCCAGUCAAACUGGCGCCCCCCUGGGUGGGAACCUGACAAAUAUGAGUAUAUGAACUACGAGCUACGUCGAAAUCAAUUGCUUAGACUCCCCCAUGUCAGAGUUGUUGCUGCCCAGGGUGGUAUAAUAUGGCGUUUGUGCAAACAGGAGAUUGCUAGUGAUAUACCUAGUGGUCCUUCAAGAGACGUCCAGUUUUUUGCUGAUGCAUCUCGGCAUACGUCCCACCAGUAUAUUUUUGAUACUUUGACCGAGGAGGAGAUUGAGACACUAUGUGGCUUAUAUUAUGUCGGUACAGGUAUAGGUGACCAGACCACUAUAUUGUCAUGGUGGCCUACUCCAGCGCUGUGGUCUACAUCUGGUCUGGAUGUAGGUUAUUGGACUCAUUCUGCUGAAAAAAUGUUCCAGUCCAGGCUCACUGCCAUACGUGAAGGACAGGCGAAUUUGCGGACGAGUAGAAAAUGGAAAGGUGAAUUGAGUUUUUACAAGAACCAGACAAGGAAAUUCAUUGCUGCUGUCAAAAUGCAAUGCAUAACGCUGCUCUAG